AGCUGAUCACCACGAUGCGCGUGCCUGUCUGUACGAUCGUGUCCUCUCCGCGCCGGCAGCUCGGCACUCUCAUUUUAAACCAUUCUCAAUUGUUCAUUUUUAAAAGACUUUACGGAUCGUGGAGAAGAUGAUUUUUUUGUGGUGACAUGUUCUUGCAGAGAUAUCUUAAGUGAUUUUUUGAAGAAUUAGAGAGAAAGAGAUAGAAAUCGAUUUAGUAGGAGAAGGAUGUGAAUUGUUUCACAAUAUUACUGUGAGCGGAUUUUAUAUGUUACAUAAUAUCUGGGAAUACCUCGUUCUGGAACCACUUGUAAUCUUGCUCUUUUCAAUGAUCUAAGCGGUGUAUCGCUUCUAAAUCAAUGAAUGAAUAAAAAAAAACCCUCACAUGGCAUGCAAAGAAAAUUAGGAUGCGUGGUACGUUGAGGAUCAAAGAUUUUCAGUUUCAUUUUGUUUAUGGAGGGAUUUAAUCACACAUCGUCUAUAUUGCAUCACGUUCAAAUCGAUGUGUUCUCUGAAUCAUAAUGCAAGGAUUUAACAAAAUGUUAUCAAAAUAGACAAACAGUCUUAUCAGUUUAGCGUCAACUCUACCCUCUCCACCAGAUAUAUAACUCAUCUUCUUUUUAAAAAUUUUCAUUAAGGUGUUUCAUCUACAUAUAUUACCUGUUGAGCGAGAAGCGGGGAAGCGGGUGUUUGAUAAAUACAAUAAGAGGAUUCUGAAAGACUAAAAAAAGAGAAAGGGAUCAGAGAAGAGGAUUUCACGGGGGUGUAAUGUCCCUCCUUACCAGGGGCAUUUUAAACAGAGGUCUCACAUUUGGGAUACAGGGAUCAGAGACAUGUUUCAUGUAAAGGAACCCGACCAAAUUUUCCAAUUGGAACAGGCAUGGGACCAUUCGGUUACGAAUACUUUAUACACCGAUUCAUCACAACUCUAGGCUUUAUCCUUGUAACAUGCGGUUGUGUGUAUUCCACGAGAGAUGUUCUGGACCUUAUUUCAAACCUUAAAACUCGCACUGGAUUUACAAACAUCACUGGGCAAAAUAAUCUCACAUCAGCCAUUUAUCUGCAAGAUUCAGAUCGGAACCUCGCUGUUUCAGAUUACAUGUUGAGAGAAGCUCUAAGGAUUUUUAAAGACAGUAGUGAAAUAACUUUUUUAGCAACAAUGAAGCAGGAAGUAGGGAAUUCUGGGAGUAUAUUAGCUUUUUCAUCAGACAUUUAUAGGUUUUUUGAGAUUGAGAGUAGUGGUGUUCGGGAUGAAAUUCGCAUUCACUACACUCAUGACCAGCACAACUACGUGUUAACAUUCCGACACAAACUAGCAGACAAUGAGUGGCACAAACUGGCUGUGACUGUGUCAGGCACCCAUGUGACUAUGUUUGUGGACUGUUUGAAACUUUAUGAACAAAAUAUUCAAACUAUUGAUCAUAUUCCACCUUCUUCCAAUAUCCAAUUAUAUGUGGGUCAGCUGAAUAGACAACAUGCACUAUUUAGGGGGGGAUUGCAAGAUGUACAGAUCGUCACACAGGCUCAUGGGUAUCUUUUACAAUGUCCAGACCAAGAUACAAGUUGUCCAUCAUGUACACAGUAUCAAGCUUUAGAGCAAAAGCUCCAAAAAGCAAAGGAGAGGAUCAAAGAGUUGGAGCAGUGUGAAUGUCACAAGAAUUGUCGCUACAAUGGAACGUCUCGGACUGAGGGGGAGGCGUGGCACCCAGACCAAUGUACACUCUGCAUUUGUAAGAAUGGUACAGUGGAUUGUAAAAAGAUGGACUGUCCGCCUGCCCACUGUAGUCAUCCUGUGUAUCGGGACGGAGAAUGCUGCCCUAUCUGUCUGACCAACUGUUACUUUAGUGGGAAAUACUACAGUCACGGAGAGACCGUCAGUCCAAAAGUCUGUGUCACCUGUACAUGUAAUGAUGGCAGGAUGGAGCAUUGUGAGAGGAUGGACCCAGAGGUCAGCUGUCCCAAUCUGGAUUGUCCAAAAGAAAAGAGAUUGCACAUCCUCGGAGAGUGCUGUCCGGUCUGUGAGGGUACAGAUUUCUGUGGUCUUGGCAACAAUUGCCACUCAAAUGCAACAUGCAUUAACUUGACGACUAGGUUUGCCUGUCAGUGCCUACCUGGUUACCGUGGAGAUGGAGUCCAUUGUGAAGAUGUUGAUGAAUGCCUGACGAAAGGAGGGAAAUAUGGCCAUCACUGCAAUGGUCAGACUAUCUGUGAGAACACCAUAGGAUCAUACCUAUGCAAGUGUCCGGCAGGCCAUAUUCCAGAAGACCCCUAUAAUUGUACAGGUACAGGGUAUGAUUUGUCGAAUUCAGCCCCUGUUAGGAGCAGUGAUGAGACCUUUUUAUGGACAUUUUACCCCCUAAUCCUUGUGAUUUUAUGGGUUUCUGGUAUUAGAUAAUGGCAUUAUCGGCCAUUAGAAUAAACUUUGUUAUGACCAUGAUUCUAGGAUGAGCAGCCAUCUUUGAUGGUUGGUUGCACAGUGUUCAUGUGAAUACAAAAUGUUCCAUCAAGUAAAAUUCCAUUUUAUUUUUAACAAUUAAAAAUUGUAGAUUAAAAAUUUUUGUUUGAUUUAAAUUAUCUUAUACUGUUUGACUAUUUGAUUUCUCUUGCUUGAUAGCUAGAUAUAUUAUGAAGCUACAGCAUGGAUGUUUUUGAUAAUUAAAUAUUUUGUAAUGAAAACACGAAAAUGUAAGACACAAACUUUUGUAAGCUGCCUCUAUGUAGAUGUUUUAUUUCAUAGUUAGAACAAAAAUGUAUAAACUUCAUGCAUAUUCCAUAACCCAGAAAUGUGUAUCCUCGCAGUUAUGUACCCUGUUGUUCGUUAACGGUUAAUUUUUGUCAUUAAUUAAGUGUACGUGAAUUAUUGUGCAGUGUGAAUGAGAACAGAGAGCGGUGUUGAUUAGUUGAAGAUAUGGAAUUAUUUUUACUACAUUUGUGAUAUAUAUGUUUGAAUGUUAUGGGUCUUGACUGAUUACCAUUGAUAUUGUUGUGACUAAUGUCAGUUAUGUGUGAAUUGUUUUUCAGAGAGAGAGAAGGGGGGGGGGGGAGGGAGGAGUUUAAAUCUUUUAAACUGCUGAUUUACAACACAAUGUUUUGAUUCUAUGAUAUCCAAAAAUGUCUAAACAUUACACGAAUGGUGUCUGUAUAUGAAUACAUGAAUGGUGUCUGUAUAUGAAUCCAACACAACAUUUACUUGCAAAUGAAGAAAUGAGUUGUUACAGAAAGGUUUUAUCUGCUAAGUUAACAAUAUCUGUAACAGUUCAUCAGACAAGUAGUGCCCUGACAGAAUCUCAAAAUUGUGACUCCUGGGAGUCAUUUCUUCUUUUUUCUUUGGGGGGUGGGGAUAAUUUUCGUUAAUUUUAUGAUAUGGAUGUUGAUAUGUACAUGUACCUCAAAUUCAAAAUCCCUCACAAACAGAAUAGUAUGAACAACAAAAGAAAAACAAUAACUUUUCAACCAGGAAUUUAAGAGCCCACCAACUUGCUGAUUUUUCUCUAACCACAAAAAUUCUACCCCAUGAAAAUAACAGAUUCUAUGGUGUGCAGUUAUGGGAUAGGGCUUAGGGAGAGGGCUCAGAUAGGCUUAGGGAGAGGGCUCAGAUAGGCUUAGGGAGAGGGCUCAGAUGGGCUUAGGGAGAUGGCUCGGAUAGGCUUAGGGAGAGGGCUCAGAUAGGCUUAGGGAGAGGGCUCAGAUGGGCUUAGGGAGAUGGCUCAGAUAGGCUUAGGGAGAGGGCUCAGAUGGGCUUAGAGAGAGGGCUUGGAUUGACUUUGGAAUAUAAUUCAGAUAGGCUUAGGGAGUGGGAUCUGAUGAACUUAGGAAUAAUGAUCAGGGAGAGGUUUCAGAUUGGUUCAGCAGCUAGGGAGAAGGCUUUGAUGGUUUUAAGGAGAGGGCUGGGAUAGGCUUAAGGAGAGGGCUUUGCUGGUUUUAAGGACAGGGCUUGGAUAGGCUUAAGGAGAGGGCUUUGAUGGUUUUAAGGACAGGGCUUGGAUAGGCUUAAGGAGAGGGCUUGGAUGAUUUUUAAGGAGAGGGCUUGGAUGGUUUUAAGGACAGGGCUUGGAUAGGCUUAAGGAGAGGGCUUGGUUGGGCUCAGUCUGCCACCAAAUUCUAUUUUGAUAUGUAAAAUUAUAUGUUAAAUGAAAUGUGAUUGUUCAAAUGAUAAAAAGUAUACAGAUUUGAAAUCCGAGAUAUUCCAAAUUCUAGGGACUUUUAUGUACAUGUACUUGUUUCAUGACUUGGAUAUUACAAAUAUGCCAAGAUUUAACUGUCUGUUUUGGAAAGAGUGUUGAAGAUACCAUUGUCUCAAACAAAGAGAUUUUGUUACACUGUGGAAUGACGUAUGCAAGCAGGUUCCUGAUUUUUUUUAAAAAAUUAAUAUGUUGUUAAAUUGCCUUGUUAAAAAUGCUUUGUAUAUGAAAAUGUGAUAUUUGUACUAGCAAUUUUAGAUGUAAAAAUGGGGAGUCCAAAGGCUUGAUCAAACACAGAUAAUGAAUGUGUAAGUAAAGGUUGUGUGCUCAAAUAUGAUUUAUGGCUGAUAUGGGCUACAGUAUUAUUUUUUUUACAGGCAAUAUCGCUUGGUUUUACUGUAGUUAAAAGAGAGGUUUGAAAACUGUAAAAUAAAGUGCACAUUCAAACAGAAAUCUCAUGAUAGUUUAUGUAAAUUGGAGGUAUUUUAGCAAGCUUUGACAUCAUUGUCAGGCUUAGUUGUGCCAAGACACUCUCAUGAGUGUUGUGUCUGAUAUCAAAGUUGUUGAUCAGGAAAGUGUUUGAUCCAGUUUUUGAACUUGAGAAGAAGUUGUAUAUAUUUAUCCAAUGGGUAAAUGAUUUAAUAGAUCAAAUUUUCUACCUCUGAAUUAUCUGUAGGAUUUAUUUCAAAUUUAAUUAAAUUCCCAUUUUCUACGA